GCACGCUAAAUCCAUCCGAAGCCAAUUAUUCAAUAUAAUUACCACACUUUGUUGCUAUUAAUCCAAUUAACUAUUAAUAAACCAAAUCGUUGAAGCUUGAAUUUGAGUAGAAUGCGGUCGAAUAUUUUCUCUCGGGUCGUUAGCGAGUCUUGUUUUUAGAAACGACAAUUUUUUCGGUUGUUUUCUCAUCCGUUACGUUUUGUUACUUCUUGGAAUAAAUAUCUAGAUCUUGUUUGGAACGACUUGGCCUUUGACACGACCGCAUUAAAACAAGACUCACCCGAAAACAUUUAUACACCUAGUGUAGUAGGGCUGUAUAUGUCACGUAGUUGAGGUUUCUUUUCCAACCACUUAACGACUUUGAUGAAUUGCUUAGCAGGAGGAAAGUCGAGAAAGCUGGAAACGGCCAAAUAUGGCAGGAAAAAUGCCGGUUCAAGGGUUAAAAGCCGAGUUAAGGAAUUCCCGCUUGUUGGCUUUGUUAUUGUCUUUGGGUUUUCGAAAAUUCUUGAGUUAGUUAACUAGUUGCAAGUGUCGCAUUCCGCGGCCACGUGUUUACAUGAAGCGUGGAACCCAAAUGAUGAUGGUUUCAGUUUCCAUAUGUCAGUCAUUUCAGUUCCUUAGAGAAAAUAUUUAGUUUGCCAUUUGAACUUGAGUGCAAAUCAUUGACUGGCGUCUUGUUGCAGGGCCCUAUGCCGAUGAGGAACGCCGUCGCCGCCACGUCCCCCAGGUCCCUCUUGUGAACCCUAGUGUACAGUGACCGUGGCGAUGACAAAAUGUCUUUCUAGUGCAUAGUGCUCUCUUAAAACUGUGUCUCUGUGAAGAAUUAUGAGUUCAUAUUUCGCCAAUUCCUAUAUGCCGGACAUGCGAAAUGGGGGUGUAGUUUCCGCGGAGCAUCCGCACCAGCACCAGCACUACGGCGCCGCCGUCCAGGUGCCCGGGGGGCGGCGCCGUGCAGCCCGACCCGGGGUCGCGACCCCUCGGUGGGGCUGCGCCAGGGCAUCCUCCACCACUAUGGGGGGCCCCCGCGGGCGGGCAGCCGCCCAGGGCAUGCCCUACCCCCGCUUCCCGCCGUACGACCGGAUGGACAUCCGCCGCCGGCUACUAGGCCCCCAGCAGCAGAUGGACGGCCAGGAGUACCGCCCCGACAGCCCCAGCAGCAUGCACAUGGCCAACACCGCCGCCCCCAACGGCCACCAAACGCAGGUGGUCUACGCCAGCUGUAAGCUGCAAGCCGCCGCCGUCACGCAGAACGGGGUGCUGGGGCCCACCGGGAGUCCGCCCCUGACCACCCAGUCGAUGAACAACCAUCACAUGGGACACCACAUGCAGGAGCAGCACCCCCAGCACCACCAGCCCCACCACCAGCAGCAGCACAUGAUGUACGGGGGGCAGCAAGGCGCCAACAUGCACCAGCAAGGACCCCCGCACCAGCAGCCCCCCAUACAGCAACAGCCCAACCAAGGGCAGCAGCCCCCGGGGAACACGGCGGCGGCUCUGCCCAGCCCCCUGUACCCCUGGAUGAGGAGCCAAUUUGAGCGGAAGCGCGGCCGUCAGACGUACACCCGCUACCAGACGUUAGAACUGGAGAAAGAGUUCCAUUUCAACCGGUAUUUGACGAGACGGCGACGCAUCGAGAUCGCCCACGCGCUGUGUUUAACCGAAAGACAGAUCAAGAUAUGGUUUCAAAACCGGCGUAUGAAAUGGAAAAAGGAGAACAAGACCAAAGGCGAAGGCGGCUCGGAAGGCGGUGGAGACGACAUCAGCCCCCAGGGCUCCCCUCAGUGAACUCCUCGUCACGAUAACCAUGUACCUAAUUACACAUUGUAGUCAUUGCAUUUUCUUUUGCCGGGAUCUCCGACGAGAAGGUGCGCUCUUUCGGCAGGAACUCUCCAAAUUCCCCAACCACAAUGACCUCUUCAACAAGUCCUCUGUGCAUAAGUCGAUAGAAUUUAGUUCCGAUGAACGCGACUCAUCGAAUUUAUAGUUUUAUUUAUUUAUAUAUUGUAUAGAUAGUAGAUAUUAUGCGCGAAUUUAUAUUUGAUGGACACUACACGGAUUCAUUUAGAGGCCAGUGCUACGUGCAAUCAGUGAUGCAGACGAACUGCCCAGUGAUUAAAAAUAAAAUUUUUUGUAUAAAUAUUUUCUAUAAUGUUAAAAACGAGUGGUCGCUACGGUUAUGAAGCUCCACUGCAGAUUUUCAGGUCAGUGAAUGAGUUGUUUUUUUUCAAAGCUGACGAAGCGUUUUUUUACAAUGUUUCCAGUGAGUGUGAACUCUUUAGACACCUGAGAUAGCUACGAAAGUGUCGUUCGGCAUAGAAUUGUUUACUUAAAGUGUAGAUAUUUCGAAUGAAUGUAUAUUUGGUUUUAAUACUAAUAAUGAUGUAAAUAAAUCCGGUAACAAAAGAAAAGGAUAUGAAAUAUACGAUAUUAUUAAAAUUACGCACUUUCAUGCCAAAGGUAGAGUAACGUUAUCCAUGUAGGACGUUAACAAUACUCAAACACUUUAAUUAGUAGGAAUUUGACGCAUUCGGAGUAUCCAACUUUUUUUUAACCUGUUUUUUUCUGAAAAAAAGAGACAAAUAUUUUAUAUACCAUUUAAUUGGCCGCAAUUGGAGACGAACAGUCUUUAAAAUUGCUAGUGAUAACAGUAACGAAAUACGUAACGCUGCUACAAAUCGAGUAUACGUAACUAAUUAUUUUAAUAUAAAAAUCAGAGCUAUGUAAGAACGGUUAGGCAAAUUAAAUAGGUUUCAAAAUUGAGUUAUUGAGAGUCGAGGUUCCAGAGCCCCUAUUUAAGUUGGUUAACCAUUUGUAUACACAACUAUUUAUACUACUAUAAAUUAGGAUUUGCAGUGGCAUGCUGUAUAUUUGUACCUAUAUGGAUAAAUUAGAGAAUAGUUCUUUGUGCUGUGGUGUAAUAUUUUAGAUUAGAAGUACUAAGUUUGGCCGACACUUAAUUUCGGACAAAUUACCAUUUUGUAAAUGAACAACUGUAACAUAAAUUUAUCGUUUAACCAUCCCGCAUAAAACUUUAUUUUGAUUUAAAAACCAACGAAACUUUAAGUACUUUAAUACUUGGAUUUCUGUCUUGUGGAUUUCAACUUAUAUAUACCGUACAUAUAAUUAAUAUAUGUAUAAAUAAAAUAUUAUUGUAAAUUU